AUGCAAGCUUGCCAUCUAUUUCUUGGAAGACCUUGGCAAUUUGAUGUGGAUGCUAAACAUAAUGGGAGAACUAACAAAUACUCAUUUGUGGUCAAGGGGAAGAAGUACAUUCUUAAUUCACUAACCACUUACCAAGUGAGUGAGGAUUAUAGAGUGAUGAGGGAGCUUCGGGAGAAGUAUCAAAAAGAAGAAAAGGAGAAGAGUGAGAGGGAGACCUUGUUGGUCAUAGGUGGAGAGGGAACGUCUCAAGAUGGUUCCAAGAAAUGUUUAUUAGCCAAACCAAGUAAUUGCUUAAAAGGGGUUGAUGAGAGACACUCCUUGGUGUGUCUUGUCAAUAAAUAUCUUCUCCUAAAUGCUAACCAAGCUACUAGCACUUUACCUAGUAGUAAAUCUUCUCUUUUGCUGGAAUAUGAAACAUUGUUCUCAAAAUAA